AUGGAGAUUCAGAAAUUACGUCUCUACUGCGAUCCUCUUCAGAGCGAGAGAGAGACCGCCUGCGAGAUCUUCUCUGUGGAUGAUGAAAGGCUUGUUUCAAACAGCCUAUCCUUGUUUCUUCAGUGUUCUCUGACUCGAAAAACCACAAUAGCGGAAGAUGAAGACUGCAACUGUGUAGUGGGACCUCCUGGCCAGCGUGGCCCAGCAGGACGCAUGGGAGAGAAAGGAAAUGCAGGAGCUGUUGGUAAGCCUGGUGAAACAGGGGAGCCUGGUCCUCCUGGAUUACCGGGAGAGAAAGGUGAAUAUGGCUCAUCAGGACCAAGAGGUGCGCCUGGUAUUAAGGGAGACAGGGGAGUGCCGGGCUUGCAAGGAUUACCAGGCUCACCAGGACCACAGGGUGAGAUGGGUGAGCCAGGACAUCCUGGAGAAGCUGGAUCUAAGGGAGCACCAGGCCCACCAGGAGAAGCGGGUCCAGUGGGACCACAGGGGGUGAAAGGGUUGCAAGGACCACCUGGGAUUAAAGGAGCACAGGGCAACUGUGGCGAUCCAGGAGUUAAUGCUCGUCUUGGUUCACCAAGCCAGAAGGGUUCAACAGGAGAGCCGGGUUUUCCAGGGCUACCAGGUGCUCCUGGGUAUCCGGGGUACAAAGGCCAUAAGGGAGAGUUGGGAGAGCCAGGACCAAAAGGAAAUAAGGGGGAGCGAGGCAGAGACGGGGUGCCAGGGACCGAUGGUGCACCUGGCCAAGUGGGACCCAGAGGAAGAGAAGGAGAGAAAGGAUUGAAAGGCGAUGAAGGUCUUCGAGGGUUUAAUGGUAAAAAAGGAGACGUGGGCCACGUGGGCCACACGGGUCCUGUCGGUCCCAGGGGAUUUCCCGGCCUGGAUGGGCUGCCGGGUCAACCAGGUCAGCCUGGAUAUCCCGGAAAGCCAGGCAGGUCACCCUCAGAUGAGCAUCUUGCAAGGCUCUGCACUGAUGUCCUUCGCAUUCAACUCCCUGCACUCCUCCGGAGCAUGGAUUCUUCAACGAGGUGUGAACCCUGCCAAAGUGUGAAAGGACUCCCCGGUGAGCCUGGUGCACCAGGACCUAAAGGCUCCACGGGAAUUCCAGGUCACCCUGGAAGGACUGGCUCUCCGGGAUACCCAGGAACUCCUGGAUUGCAAGGUUCUCCGGGCCUCAAAGGUGAUAUCGGGCCGAGAGGGUUCAAGGGCAGCAAAGGAGAAGGUCAUCAGGGACGUCCAGGACCACCCGGACAGCCAGGGGCUCGAGGUCCUUCUGGCUUUGAUGGAGUCGGCCAGCCUGGAAACCAAGGAAUACCUGGAGAACCAGGACCCCCUGGAGAUCCGGGUAAAAGGGGUCACCCGGGGAUACCGGGGGUAUGUGACCUAUCCAUGUGUUAUCAGACGUACAACCUCAGGGAACAUUACAGCAAAGGACCCAAUAUCUGAUGGCAUCCACGGCAGUCACGGACAGAGGUGCUACUCGCUUCCAGAGACGAUGUACUGUAUCACUGAUUCAUGUGUGACUGUUGACUCCUGCCCAAGCACAGCAGCACUGGAGGCAGACAUAACCUCAUAUGUUGGGUCAAACUGAAAUGGGUUCCACAUGAUUCAUAGUUAUGAAAUUGGUGGUCAUAACAUCAGCAGAGAGCGAUACGGUAUACUGGGUUUAUUUUAAAUAACAUGGUUCCAGUUGCCAUAAAAAAAAUAGUAGCACCAAUGUAAUUAGAACUUAUUUAUGUUGGUUUUUGUACGCCAAGAAUGAAUAUUUGUCGAUGACAAUUAGGAUGUAAGAUGAUGAUGUAAAUCUAUAUACCUCUACUCCAGUGGUUCCCAAACUUUUUACAGUCGUGUACUUGAAGCCAUAUACAUUCUAAUCCUGCACACUUAAAAAAAUGUUGUUUUGUUAUUUGUUCAUAUAAUGCACACAGAGCAAUGAACAACAUCAUGCUCUGUGUCCUUGAGGCCAUGAGGCGUUAAGGCGCACUCAUAAUUGUCAGGCUCUAAUUGUUGUGCCAAAAAUAACGCCUGAUAACUAAUUCGUGUCAUUAAUUAAGGUAUGCUCUGACGUUGGCUAUGACGACAGAUGACAGCAGAGUGUGCCCCCCCCGCCCCCACACAGUCACACAGUGUCUGAUGCUCUACUAUAACUUUAUACUGACCUGAACACACCAACAGCAGUACAAUUCCAACACCAUAUACUGUAUGCAUCUCCAACUCCAAACAAACACAUCUCAAGUCCAUUCAUCAUUGCAUCGACACUUCCUCAUUAUCACUGGGCAGACCACAAGAUGCGUUCACAGACACGCCGAACAUCACAACAACGUCUUUAUUUUUUGCGUGUAUUUGUGAGCUAAAUAAAUAGAAAUGCAAAGAGAAACAAUAAGUGAAUAUUCCUAUCACUCACUUUCUAACUCUUAAUGCUGCAUUUAAGUAUGCUUGGAAAUCUCACCAUUCACUCAAAACAGUGUCCUUGAACACAACUUCUCAUUGCUCAUAAUAACAAGCUUAAAGUCUGGUGUAAAUAUUCUGCUAUUAAAGAAACCAGGUUAGGUAAGGUGGGUAAAAUAGAUUUUUCAGACGUAUGUGUUGAUUGAUUGAUUUAAUUUACAGUUAAUUUGUAACUGUUAAUAUGUACAAAUAUUUUUCUAAUUUUGCCCCAUUAUUUAUCCUCUUUUAAAUGAAAUACAGUAAAAAAUACAGUACUAUUGCAGAUAUAUUGUGAUGUGGUGAUCACGAUUAAUUAAUUUGAUGACCACAAUUAAUCUUGAUUAAAAAUUUUUUUUGACCAGUCUCAGUAAAUAAAUACAGUAAAACUGUGCCUAUUUCAGACAUGUUGUGAUAUGGGGAUUAAUCACCAUUAAUUAAUUUGAUAACUGUGAUUAAUCUUGAUAAAAAUUUAAGAUUUGACAAGUCUCAGUAAAUAAACAGUAAAACUGGGCCUAUUUGAGACAUGUUGUGACAUGGGGAUUAAUCACCAUUAAUUAAUUUGAUAACUGUGAUUAAUCUGAUAAAAAUUUAAGAUAUGACAAGUCUCAAUAAAUAAACAGUAAAACUGGGCCUAUUUGAGACAUGUUGUGACAUGGGGAUUAAUCACCAUUAAUUAAUUUGAUAACUGUGAUUAAUCUUGAUAAAAUUUAAGAUUUGACAAGUCUCAGUAAAUAAACAGUAAAACUGGGCCUAUUUGAGACAUGUUGUGACAUGGGGAUUAAUCACCAUUAAUUAAUUUGAUAACUGUGAUUAAUCUGAUAAAAAUUUAAGAUAUGACAAGUCUCAAUAAAUAAACAGUAAAACUGGGCCUAUUUGAGACAUGUUGUGACAUGGGGAUUAAUCACCAUUAAUUAAUUUGAUAACUGUGAUUAAUCUUGAUAAAAUUUAAGAUUUGACAAGUCUCAGUAAAUAAACAGUAAAACUGGGCCUAUUUGAGACAUGUUGUGACAUGGGGAUUAAUCACCAUUAAUUAAUUUGAUAACCUUGAUUAAUCUUGAUAAAAAUGUAAGAUUUGAUAAGUCUUAGUAAAUAAACAGUAAAACUGGGCCAAUUUGAGACGUGUUGUGACAUGGUUAAUCAUGAUUAAUUAAUUAGAUGACCCCAAUCAAUCUUGAUUAAAAAAUAGAGGGUUCGUUUGUCGUUAAGGUCCCAGUUCAUUAAGGAAAUGGAAAAACCACAACACCCCCACUCCCAAAUAAAAACGAAAUAAACCAAAAAAUACGGACCUCACCUAGAUAAUAGGAUCUAGGUAAUUACAUCUAUUUCCCUUUUUUGUACAACUAAUUAUAUUUGGAUUGGAGGCCUGUUGGGGGCUGACGUUUGCUUUGCUAAUUACUUUUAGCAAAGACUCAUGUUGAUGCUUAUCUGAUUCUUGAUCACGUAAUACACCGCAUUUCAUCACACGAGGGUCGUGGGCAUGCUGGUGCCCAUCCCAUCAGCUGUCUCCGGGCGACAGGCGGGCUACACCCUGGACUGGUCGCCAGCCAAUCACAGGGCACAUGUAGACUAAUAACCAUUCACACCACACUCACAUUCGCCAAUUAACCUAGCAUGUUUUUGGAAUGUGGGAGGAAACCGGAGUACCCGGAGAAAAUCCACGCAUGCACGGGGAGAACAUGCAAACUCCACACGAAAUACCCAAGCGGGGAAUCAAAUCCCGAUCUGCAAAAAGCAAUUUUUAAAAGAAAUUCAAACACCAUGAGCACAUAAUCGGACAUCGUCCUUGUGUGGCUGCAGGGCUUAUGAAUGAUGUUAAUUGUCGAUAUCGAACUCCUUACCGAAAAUGGAAGUGAUCCCCAUCACAAAUCCUAUUAUUGUUGAGAUUUUAAUUCAAGGACAAGUCCAACCUACUGCUGUUGAAUGUUGCGUCUAUUUAUUUUAGAUUUGUAAUGUAGUUAGACAAUACUUCAAAUUUAAAGUCAAUACAGUGUCAAUAUUGCUUAUAUCAAUAUUUUUUUUCAAGAUUGUUGAUUUGCCUUUGAUUUGUUUAUGUAAAUACACUAUAUACUUAUGUAGAUGUAUUUUUUUUCAUCAACAAUUCAACCCACAGUAGCAAAUAUCACAAAUAAGCGAGCAGUCAGAGACCAGCAUAUGUUAGCCCAUAAUUGCAUAACAUUGCAGAGUCAGUCCAUUCCAAUGCAGCAGAGCAAAUUAAUUGUAGGGUAGCCUUUUUGUUACCAGUGCAGCAAACAUUUUUCAUGCAUAUUUAUGAUAAUUUCCCCUAUAAUUUAUAGAACAUUGCAGUAAUGAUAGCCUGUGAAGAGUCCAUCCUAUUAAAGUUUUAUUGCUUGUUGUAUACCAUCUGCAUUAUAGCAUAAAGAAAAGACUCGUUGGCGAACAUGAGUGGCUGGUGCCAUUUUGUUAGUUCAGGACAAUCAGUUUUUGGCAUCAUCAGUUCAGUAAAGACAAGCAGAUUAAUUCCAGUCUAUGACUUUUUCUAUUGUUUUAGCUGUGUUUAUUGUUAUGAUUGGCUGUCUGCAUUAGUGAUGAGCAUAAACUAAAGUUCCAUGAUCUACUAUCGGGGAAAAAGGUUCCCAAACAUUUUGCAAUCUUAUACCCAGUCACACAUUUAACCCAAAGUCAUUGGCCAAUCAUUUUUAUGCAUGAGUUUGGUUUAGUUCCGUAUAUUUCGGAGACUCCAAGCCAUUUAGGACAUUAUUCUUGCAUAAUCCUUCCACUGUUUUAAAAGAGUGAAUUCAGAUAAGCUCAGUCAUUUUCAGCUAUUUCAGAUUCCAGGUAGCUGGAUUUAGCAAGAAAAAAGAUGUUGCCGGAAUUAAAUGAGCUCCAGACAGAAAGAUACAGCGACAGACAUAGGCAGAAAAAAAACAUUUUACGCAAUGAGCAGGACAUUUCGCUCCAACUGGGAUGGUACUUUGCCAAUUAGUUGCAGAUUAAAGAUGGUUUCCUUGUCAGAAUUGGCUUCUCUCUCCGUUUCCCUCUGAAAAGUGGUUUAUUAUUCCGUGUAUGGCGGAGACAAACAUCAGCACAAAACUGUCAUUUGGAACCUUGACAAAUGCCUUGUGGGAUAACAAACGUAACAAGCGCCUCUCCCCAGGGUUCACACUUCAGGAAGCCGGGUUCUAAACUGUUGUUUUUCUCUUUCAUAUGAUACAUUUCGACUUGUCAGACUUUAAGUUGGCAAGUUCCAAGGUUUUCCCUAAAGAAUAGGAAGCUGUGUUGUGGUUAUUCAAGUCACAAAUAUGACUUUUUGUAUGCAUAAGGCAAACACUUCAGCUGAACUGAACUGUUUUUGAGUGGUUACUUUUACUUUAUUACUUUGUCAUUUACUGUGUACCCUACUCGGAUAGUCGAUUCACUUGUCGCAAAGCUCAUUGGCAACAGGUUCAGCAGCUGGACAUGCUCAGUAGACAUUGUAAGUCAGGAAAUUCGAGUCUUCGCAGAGUAACUGUGAGUCCCUGAAAAUCAAGUCUUCGUCCAGCACUCGUGAGUGCUGUGAAAAUCGAAUCUUUUUCAAGUACCCAUGAGUCAUGAAAGUCGCGUCUUGAGCACUCAUGAGUCAGUGAAACUUAAAUCUUAGUCAAGCACCCGUGAGUGACGGAAACUUGAAUCUUCAUCAAAUACCCGAGUAAGUCAAACUCGAUUCUACAUUGACCACUACGAGUCAGAGAAACUUGAGUCAUCGUCCAUACAAAGCUCGUCUUCUCUGAGUACCGACGACUGUGUAAAGGAGUCCUUGUUGAGUACUUGUGAAUCAGUUAAACUUGAGUCUUCAUUGAGCACACCAAGUCCGAAAAACUAAUGUGCAACACGUUCAGCAGUUGUAGAUGCUCAUCAAGCACCUUGAGUCAGGAAAUUCGAGUAUUUUCAAAGUAACCGUGAGUCACUGGAAUUCGAGUUUUCGUCACGUACCCAUGACUCAGUAACACUUGAGUCCUUGUUGAGUACUUGUGAAUCAGUGAAAUGUGAGUCUUCGUCGAAAACACCGAGUCUAUGAAACUUAUAUGCAACACGUUCAGCAGCUAUGGAUACUCAGCCAGUACUGUGAGUCAGUGAAAUUGGAGUCUUCAUCAAGCACUCGUGAGUCAUUGAAACCCGAGGGUUUUGUCUGAGGGUACCUGAGGGUACUUGUCAAGCACCCACAAGUCAUUGAAAUUCAUGACAGUGACACUCGAGUCUUCGUUGAUCACCUAUGAGUGAGUGAAACUUGAGUGUUCGUCAAGCACCCGUCAGUCAGUAAAACUCAAGUCUUCACCGAGCACUUGUGAGUCAAUGAAAACUAAGUCUUUAUCGAUGACUAGUCAGUCAGUGAAACUCGAGUCUUCAUCUAGCACCCAUAAGGCAGUGAAACUCAAGUCUUCUUCGAGUGCUCAAGAGUCAGCGAAACUUGAAACCCAUGAGUCUUUGCCGAGUACCCAUAACAUAGUAAAAUCAGAGUCUAUGUUGAGUACUUGUGAAUCAGUGAUAUUUGAGUCUUUAUCCAGCACAUGCAAGUCAGUGAAACUCGAGUCUUUGUCAAAACCCCACCAGUCAGUGAAAAUUGACUCUUCAUGUAGCACCCAUCAGUCAGUGAAACCUGAGUCUUCUACACAUUAGUCAGUGAACACUCGUAAGUCAAUCAGACUGGAGUCUUCGUCAGAUACCCAAGUAAGAUAAACUUGAUUUUAUGUCUAGCAUCUGCAAGUCAGAGAAACUCGAGUCUUCGUGUGAGUCAGUGAAAUGCCAGUCUUCGUCAAGUACCCAUGAUUCAGUAAAACUCGAGUCUUCAUCAACCACUCAUGAAUCAGUGAAUGUAGAGUCUUCGUCAAUCACACAUACAGUAUGUCUGUAAAACUCGUGUUUUUCUCAGUGAACAGUAUCAGACAAUAAUCAGUAACAAUAUCAACAAAAUAAUACAAUUGAUGGGUUGAGUGAGCUGCCACUCAAAAGUUCAGAGGUGGCGAACGCAUUCAGGCUAACAAAAUUUCCGAUCAUUAAUAAUUACAAAAUAUGCGCAUCUGAUAAAAAUUAUGAAAGUGUGCAGGAGACUAAUGAGUAGCAUUUACCCAACUCCCACUUAUGAUUGUAUCCUGGAAUGGUGUGUAUCAGUCAAAUUGCAACAAACUACACUUUGUAAUGAACGCUGGCUUUGUCAUGAUUGUAGUAGCCAGCCAACCAGUAAAAGGGGCUAAGGAGCGGAAGGAUAAAUUGAAGCCCCGAUUUGAGGAUAUGCAGCUCAUGGGUAGAUAUUGAACAAAUAUUUAGCCCUGGCAAAAUGACCCAAAAAAAAUAUUGGAAACUCAAUAAUACAAAAACAAUAUACUUGUGAUAUUAAAUAAUAAUAGUCCGGAUGUUAUGGCCCCGACAUUAAAAAAUGCAAUUUCACUAUACUGGAAAACCAAUAUAUGUGUUUUAUUAUCUGAGUUGUUGAUUGUGGUCCAUUUCUUAGUGGGUCAGGCUGGACACCUCUUGUCUAAAGUGUUUGUGCUAAUGCUGUAUACAAAUACUGUUGCAUACUAAAUGAUCCACAUUUAUUUCCAAAAGUAUAAUAAUAUAAAAUUUAUCUUCCAUGUUUGUUGUUUUUGUUUUUUUCAUUAAUUGUACACUGUGAGUUUGAAAGCUGGAAUAGUUUUUUGAUAUCUUUGGAUUGUUUUUUCAAUACUGGUAGUGCAAUGACGUGAUCCAUUUUUAUGUUUGUAGCUGUCAAAUCUAAGUAGCAGAAGUACUUUCACAAAUCCGAUCUAUUUAUAAUAUAUCCUGACGAGAUUCUAAGUAUUAUUUAUCGAAAUUGUAUAUCUGUAAAA